AUGACACAGACCGGCGGCCAUGCAGAAUUUGUGAAAAAGAAGAAAAAAGAACUCGCUGUCAUCCAGAAUCACGGUCAACAAUCUGAAAUUAAUAAAAUAAUUUCAAAAUAUAAAACACUUUUUGCUAAAGAUAAGUACGACAUAGGCACGGUGAAAGGAUAUGACGCCCAUAUUGAUUUACAAGUAGAUAAAUAUUGUAGUAAACGACCAUACAGGAAAACGUACGAAAUAAAAAUAGGAAAAUUGGUAUAUGUUGAAAACGGAAAUUCAUUAAAUAGAAAAAAACUAGAGGAAUUAAAAAUCGGUCCCUACCAGGUUUUGGAAAAAUUGUCGAACUCAAUUUAUAGAAUCAAUACAGGACACAAAAAGUUUGAAUCCAAUCUUUUCCACGUUACAAAACUUGUUCCUGUGCCGGAUGAAUCUAAGUCUUCUUUUGAGGGGGAGAUGUAA